UCUAGUACCAAUCGUGUGUUUCGACUUUUCCAGGCCCAAAAAAAAACGAUUUUCCCUGCUGAAAAGUGCUUUUCGCGCAAGGAAUCUUCGAUGUGGUCGCUUUAAGCCAGCAGCAAGAUUGCAUUUUCGAAAUUUUCCGCCUGCAGCUGGCCCUGGACGUGCUUUGUAUCCGUGGAGAACAGAGACGCAAAGAUAGACGCCGUGUGGGGUUGGGUUGCUUCCGGCCCGCUGCGCUUAGCAGCGAACAGAAUGGGCGACCUGCCGGGAUCGGGCUCCACGGCCCAACCACGGGAUGCUGCUGUCACCGGAACAGGUAAUUCCACGGCUGGUGGCGGCUCCUCCGUUGGAUCGACGGCAGUGGACAGACCCCCGUCGCCCGCCCGCCUCUCCCACACGUCCGAGAAACAUCCGAAGGUCACGCUCACGGAACUCAAUAUGCUGCGCCGCCACCGGGAGCUCUGCGAUGUGGUCCUGAACGUGGGCGGACGGAAGAUCUUCGCCCAUCGGGUCAUCCUGUCCGCCUGCAGCUCCUACUUCUGUGCCAUGUUCACCGGCGAACUGGAGGAAUCGCGCCAAACGGAGGUUACCAUACGGGACAUCGACGAGAACGCCAUGGAGCUGCUCAUUGAUUUUUGCUACACCGCCCACAUUAUCGUCGAAGAGUCCAAUGUCCAGACACUCCUGCCCGCCGCCUGUCUGCUGCAACUGGUUGAGAUUCAGGACAUAUGCUGCGAGUUCCUCAAGCGGCAACUGGACCCCACCAACUGCCUGGGCAUCCGCGCCUUUGCCGACACGCACUCCUGCCGGGAGCUCUUGCGGAUCGCCGACAAGUUCACGCAGCACAACUUCCAGGAGGUGAUGGAGAGCGAGGAGUUCCUGCUGUUGCCCGUCGGUCAGCUGGUGGACAUCAUCUGCAGCGACGAGCUGAACGUGCGCUCGGAAGAGCAGGUCUUUAACGCGGUCAUGUCCUGGCUUAAGUACAAUGUCGCCGAACGGCGGCAGCACCUGGCACAGGUUCUCCAACAUGUCCGUCUGCCGCUACUCUCUCCAAAGUUCCUGGUGGGCACGGUGGGCUCUGAUCUCCUGGUGCGCAGCGACGAGGCCUGCCGGGAUCUGGUGGACGAGGCCAAGAACUAUCUGUUGCUUCCGCAGGAGCGACCGCUGAUGCAGGGUCCGCGCACCAGACCUCGCAAACCCACUCGCCGAGGUGAAGUGCUGUUCGCCGUGGGCGGAUGGUGUUCCGGCGAUGCCAUUGCUUCCGUGGAGCGCUUCGAUCCGCAGACCAACGACUGGAAAAUGGUCGCCCCGAUGAGCAAACGACGCUGCGGAGUCGGCGUGGCCGUGUUGAAUGAUCUACUCUAUGCGGUGGGCGGCCACGAUGGCCAGAGCUAUUUAAACAGCAUCGAGCGUUAUGAUCCGCAAACGAAUCAGUGGUCCUGCGACGUGGCUCCUACCACUUCCUGCCGCACCAGCGUGGGCGUGGCUGUGCUCGACGGCUUCCUGUAUGCGGUUGGCGGCCAGGAUGGCGUCCAGUGCUUGAAUCACGUGGAGCGGUACGAUCCGAAGGAGAACAAAUGGUCCAAAGUGGCCCCGAUGACCACACGACGGCUGGGUGUGGCGGUAGCCGUCCUCGGAGGAUUCCUCUAUGCCAUUGGUGGUUCCGAUGGACAGUGCCCGUUGAACACCGUGGAGCGUUACGAUCCCAGACACAACAAAUGGGUGGCCGUCAGCCCGAUGUCCACGCGACGCAAGCACCUGGGCUGCGCUGUGUUCAAUAACUACAUUUACGCCGUCGGCGGACGGGACGAUUGCAUGGAGCUCUCGUCCGCCGAGCGCUACAAUCCACUGACCAACACCUGGAGCCCCAUUGUGGCCAUGACCUCGCGUCGCAGUGGGGUUGGCCUUGCCGUCGUGAAUGGACAACUGUAUGCGGUGGGCGGUUUUGAUGGGUCCGCCUAUUUGAAAACCAUCGAGGUCUACGACCCAGAGACGAACCAAUGGCGUUUGUGCGGCUGCAUGAACUACCGCCGACUGGGCGGCGGCGUGGGCGUGAUGCGGGCCCCUCAGACUGAGAACUAUAUGUGGAUUCGCAAGGAUUCUGUUGUCUGAUGGGAGCAGCAGCCGACGACUUUGCCCUCGCAAACGUUGCCGCCGCCGCAUUUCUACUAACAAUAACCGCAAUCGAAGCCAAAUCUAAUCAACUAAAGCCCUUUCACCCCAUUGUCUAGCAGCAUAAUCGCAUUGUAUUAAUUGUUAAUUGUUUAUUUGGUAGAGCCUGAAGCGCGUGUUUGUUAGACUUUCCCAGAAUAGUAUUAGAGUUAGCAUUUCCCUUCUCUCCCCUUCACUUGCAAUCACUCAUCCCCAUCACUUCGUAAUUAUACAUUAUUCUAUCUUAAGCAAGUAUAUUUUAUUAAAAACUUAAUAUCUAAAUGUUGCUGGUGGAAUUUCAUGGAAAUCGCUAGCUCAUAACCAUGCCUUCUUUCGAAAUAAAAACAGAAUCAAAUACUAAAUUAUAAAAUAAAAUAAAAUUCGAUUAGUUGUAAAUCUUUAGACGAUGAGCUCGAAAGUCAAGUAACAAAUUGGUAUUAACAUAAUUUAGCCUUAAGAAAUCAAUUCAAGAAAGUUUGUCAGAAAUAAGACAUCACAGUGGUGCAAUAUUUCGAUCGACCAACUUAAUGCUGUAUUAGAUGUUUAGUCAAUCCACUUUAAAGCGACUUUUGGAAUCGUCUUCAACAAUUAUACGAUAUAGUAUCAAGUAAAGAGAACAAUUAAAGAGUUCAUGAGAAUGAAUGUACAGCUUGAAAAACCACCAAGCUGAACACUUUCGAAACAGUUAGAUCUAGCCCAAACAAAAAUUUCAAUAGUAAAAUUAAUAAUUACAUAGCCGUAAGAUCAACACUAAGCUAAUAAAUUUUAAUAUUGUUACUCCUAGAUCGUAAGCCGGUGAAAACGUUCAGUCGGAAAGAGGUCACGUUUUAAGAAUAAUUGUUGUUAAACCAAGUUUGACCAUCGAGCUGAAGGAACCAACUCGAAAUAAUUUCCUAGAUAAGCGAGACGAACAUGAGUCUCCCAACAACAACAUAUUUAGUAUGUUGCAUUUUUACACCAACACAUAUUAAUAAAUUAUUUAUUUUCCAAAAUUUUAUUUAUUAUACGCUUUUGAAUCUCAUUUAGUUUAUUUUAUUGUGCACAUUUGUCAUUAUUUUAUACACUGUUGUUAAAUCAAGCAAAUGGGAAUGAACUUUGCUUCCAAAUAAUAAAUAAGAAUAGCAUUUACAAAACAAAAACCAAGCUUAUUUAUAUAAUAUGUCGGUCUAAGUGAAUGUUGAACACACAUACAAAUAUUCGCAUACCACACACUAUAUGCAUAAUUAAACAAUAACAAUUAAUAGUUGUAUUGAGUGGAAAAAAUACGUGCUUAACGAAAAUAAUAGAAAAAGUGUUAAUCUUAAAGUUGAUCAUAAACCCGUGCUAUGUGUAAGGAUAUAUGAUAAUAAAAUAUAUCGAAAUUAA